UCGAGAUCCAUCAUCACACUCCCGCACACCUCAAAAUGUCGAUCACAAUCACUCCUGCGGCUGACUUUCAUGUCCAUCUUCGUCAGGAUGCCCUCAUGCGUCUUGUUACCCCCACUGUUCGCCAGGGUGGUGCUUCCAUCGCUUAUGUGAUGCCCAACCUCGCUCCUCCUAUCACUACCACUGGGAUGGCAAUGAACUACAAGAAGGAGCUCCAGGCUAUCGAGCCUAAUGUUGAGUUCAUGAUGACACUCUACCUCACUGCGGAUCUUACAGUUGAGGAGGUCAAGAAGGCUGCCGCAGCUGGUGUUAGCGGAGUCAAGGUCUACCCCGCCGGCGUCACCACCAACUCCUCCGCCGGUGUUUCUACCUACGAGCCCUUCUAUCCCAUCUUUGCUGCAAUGGCAGAAGCCAACAUGGUCCUCAACCUCCAUGGCGAAGUUCCUCCCUCCCCCACCAACUCUGUCUUGACCGCAGAGCAUGACUUCCUUCCAACCCUCAUCGACCUUGCAAAGCGCUUUCCCAAACUCCGCAUUGUCCUUGAACAUUGCACAACCAAAGAUGCCAUUGAGACCGUGAAGAAAUGUGGACCCAAUGUCGCUGGAUCAAUCACCGCGCACCACCUCCACAUCACCAUUGACUCAUGGGCUGACAACCCCUUCUGCUACUGCAAGCCUGUCGCCAAAACCCCCGAAGACCGGGCUGCGCUUAUCGAGGCCGCCGUCUCCGGUGAUCCCAAGUUCUUCCUUGGAUCGGAUUCUGCACCUCACCCCAGGGAGAAGAAGAGUGGUGCGGCGCGUACUGCCGCUGGUGUCUUCACCCAGUCAAGGUUGUUGUCGUAUGUUGCCGAGAUCUUUGAUAAGCAGGGCAAGAUGGAUAAGUUUGAGGACUUUGUCUCCAACUUUGGUAGAAAGUUCUACCAGGUUGAGGGAUUGGGUGUUGGUGCUGAGAAGGUCAAAUUGACCAAGAAGCCGCUCAAGGUUGAGGGUGAGGUCAGGGAUGGAGAGCUCGUCGUUGUCCCCUUCAUGGCUACAGAGGAGUUGCAGUGGGAUAUCGAGUGGGUCAAGGCCUAGAUGUUCGUCCGAUGAGGCGAGACGAU